AUGGCACCAUCCCAAUACCAAAAGCCUCCCCAGGCCCCUCCUCUCUUCACAGCAACAACGUCGUCCCUCGUCGAAGACGCAAAGAAGCUCUGCGAAACCUCACGCACCCUCCUAGACAAAAUCGCCGCCGAAGUCACCCCCGAGACUGCCACUUUUGAAAAUGUAGUCCUGCCCCUCGCCCUAGACGAGAAUGCCGGCGGUUUGGAGUCUCGUAUCAUCGGUUUCUACCAAGCAGUAUCCUCGUCCCAAGAACUCCGUGAUGCCUCUUCCAAAGCAGAGGAAAUCAUGGACGCCUUUAGCAUUGAAGCCUCAAUGCGCGAAGAUAUCUUCAAGCUCGUCGACGCCGCGUUUCAAAAGAAAGCCCCGCUCGACCCCGAAUCCCAACGCCUUCUCGAGAAAGAACGCAAAUCCUACAUAACCAACGGUCUGGGCAUACCUGCUGGGCCUGAUAGAGACCGGUUUAAGGAGAUCAAGAUGCGUCUGUCUCAGAUUCAAAUUGAGUUUCAGAAGAAUCUGAAUGAGGAGAAUGGCGGGAUUUGGUUCAGCUAUAAACAGUUGGAGGGUGUACCUGAGGAUACAUUGGCCACGCUGGAGAAGGGCACCGGGGCGAAUGAGGGGAAGUUGAGGUUGAGUUUCAAGUAUCCGGAUCUGUUCCCUGCGCUGAAAUUUGCGCUGGAUCCGGAGACAAGGAAGAAGAUUUUUAUUGAGAAUGAGAACAAGUGUAAUGAAAAUGCACCCCUCUUCAAGGAAGCUAUUAUCCUGAGAGACGAAGCUGCUAGACUGGUUGGCUACCCCAAUCAUGCAGCAUUCCGAAUCGAGGAUAAGAUGGCCAAGACCCCGGAGACCGUUAAUGAGUUCUUGGAUGAUUUGAGAGUCCAGCUUACUCCUGGUGGGGUCAAGGAGGUUGCACAUUUGCUUGAGAUUAAGAAAGCAGAUCUGACGUCUAGAGGUUUGGACACCAGCGAUGCUGCAAAUUAUUAUCUAUGGGAUUCGAGAUUCUAUGGACGGAUGAUGGUUGAGAAGGAGUUUUCUAUUGAUGAGUCCAAGAUUGCAGAGUAUUUCCCUCUUCAGCCUACUGUUCAGGGUAUGCUUGCUAUAUUCCAGGAGCUCUUUGGCUUUGUGUUUGUUGAGUUGGUGGGUGAGGAACGAACUAAGCUUUCUGAAUCUGGGAAAGCCGAGGAUAUUGCUUGGCAUGAGGAUAUCAAAAUCUUCAGCGUCUGGGAUGACGAAGGAGAAGGCGGAGCUUUCGUAGGCUACCUCUACCUCGAUCUCCACCCCCGCCCAGGAAAAUACGGUCACGCAGCAAACUUUUCUCUCCAACCCGGCUUCUACUACCCCAAUGGCACUCGUCGCUACCCCGCCACAGCACUUGUCUGCAACUUCUCCAAACCUACCGAAUCCAAGCCCUCUCUUCUCAAGCACGACGAAGUAGUUACUCUCUUCCACGAACUCGGCCACGGAAUCCACGAUCUUGCAGGUCGUACCAAAUACUCCCGUUUCCACGGAACAUCUGUCGUCCGUGACUUUGUGGAGGCACCCUCUCAAAUGCUCGAGAAUUGGUGUUGGACUCCCUCCCAACUCAAGUCUUUAAGUAGCCACUAUAUAACCGGCGAGAAGAUCCCCGACGACUUGAUCGAGAAGCAAAUUAGCGUCAAGCACGUCAAUGAUGCGUUGUUCAAUCUGCGCCAACUGCAUUUCGGUAUCUUCGACAUGACAGUACACACUCCCAAAUCCCAUGCCGAGGCAGAGGCCUUCAGACUCUCAGAACUCUACAAUGACCUCCGCACGCAAAUCGCCGGCAUCAAAGGACCCGAGGCGCUAGGCCUCCCAAGUAAUUGGGGCAGCGGCCAAGCGACCUUCGGCCAUCUGAUCGGGGGCUAUGAUGCUGGUUAUUACGGUUACUUGAGUAGUCAAGUUUACAGUACGGAUAUGUUCUACUCGGUGUUCAAGAAAGAUCCGAUGAAUGGAAAGGAGGGCAGGAGGUAUAGGCAUAUGGUGUUGGAGAAGGGGGGAAGUCAGGAAGAGAUGAAGACGUUGGAGGACUUCUUAGGACGUAAGCCGAGUACGGAGGCGUUUUAUAGAGACUUGGGGUUGAAGGCUAAGUAG